GCCGAUGGUCCCUGGCUGGGGUGGCGGUGGCUCUGAGACUGAGGAAGAGGCCUGCGAGAGAGGCGGGCCGCGAUGCCUUCCCAGCGGCGGGUCAGUCAGCUCCUGGAACUGUGCCUUUGGUGCUUCAUGGAGAACAUUUCCAGAUACAUCACAGACAUUAAGCCUUUGCCUCCUAACAUAAAAGAUAGGCUGAUUAAGAUAAUGAGUACUCAAGGGCGGAUAACAGAUUCCAAUAUAAGUGAGAUUUUACAUCCUGAAGUGCAAAUCCUAGAUCUCCGGAGCUGUGAUAUCUCAGAUGUUGCUCUCCAACAUGUGUGUACCUGCAAAAAACUGAAGGCAUUAAAUUUAAAUUCCUCACAGGAAAACAGAGUUUCCAUAACUUCUGAAGGAAUAAAAGCUGUGGCUGCAUCUUGCUCUUACUUGCAUGAGAUUUCUUUGAAAAGAUGCUGCGGCCUCACUGAUGAAGGUGUCCUUGCACUUGCGCUCAACUGCCGGCUGCUGAAGAUCAUUGACUUAGGUGGAUGCUUGAGUAUUACUGACAUGGCCUUACAUGCUCUAGGACAAAACUGUCCCUUUUUGCAAUGCGUUGACUUUUCUGCCAGCCAGGUCUCUGACAGUGGUGUGCUUGCGUUGGUUAGUGGACCAUGUGCUAAGAAGUUAGAGGAGAUUCACAUGGGGCACUGUGUCAAUCUGACGGAUGAUGCUGUGGAAGCUGUUCUUACCUACUGCCCCCAGAUAUGCAUAUUGUGCUUCCAUGGAUGCCCCCUGAUAACAGAUCACUCACGAGAAGUCUUGGACCAGUUAGUAGGCCCAAACAAACUAAAGCAAGUAUCGUGGACUGUGUACUGAGGUUAUGGAAAUUUGUCAAUGAAAGCUGGACUCUGCCUUCCAGAUAGGGUCAAUAGAUAUCUGCUGCCCACUUAAUUUAGCAUUACUUCGUGACUAUUGUGUUAUUUAAGCUAUGCUCUCAGAGAGUAGACUAAAUCCCCAUGAAUGCAGUUUGUGCUGUAAAGCUAGCCAGAUUCCUAAACAUGUUACUACGACUUUGAGUCUGUAUUUGUUUGAUAAGUAUUUGUUUAUAAAAUGCUAAUCCUGAUAUGAACUCAGGCAGAGAAAGAGACUGUUUUGUGAAGUAAGUUUCAAAUGAUGUUUUCCCUUGAAAUACCCUCCUCUGUAGGUAUUAGAGCUGUUCUGAGAUAUUAACUAGUACAAAUAAACCUUAGAACUCUUUGAAGUAAAA